AUGGCCCAGGAGACCAAUCAAAGCCCAGUUCCUAUGCUCUGUCCUACCGGCUGUGGUUUCUAUGGCAACCCUAGGACUAAUGGCAUGUGCUCUGUGUGCCAUAAGGAGCACCUGUCAAGACAGAACAAUGGUGGAGUCAGUACUCUGAGUGCCUUGGGCAGCGGCCCCACCGCUGAGGUGUCUGCCAUCCAGAGGUUAGAGGCCACUCUGAACAAUGCUGCAGCCGCUGCAGUCGCUGCUGCUGAGGUGGCGGCCGAGGCAGCCGCUGCUGAAGCUGAAGCUGCUGCUGCUGCCAGCGAGGCUGCUGCCAGCGAGGUUCUCAGUGGAGCUUCAGCAGCCGUUUCAGUAACACAGCAGAUGACUGAGAUGAGUCUGUCCUGUGAGGAGAAAGGAGCCUCAGGGACCAAAGUAGAGCUCACAGAGCCAGUGUUGAGUCAGCCCACAUCCUCUGCCUCCCAUCCCUCCACUGCUGGCAGUGAGGACUUCAAAGCCCCAGAGCCCCCAAAACCCAAGAAGAAUCGCUGCUUUAUGUGCCGCAAGAAGGUUGGCCUUACAGGUUUUGACUGCCGCUGUGGGAAUCUGUUCUGCGGACUUCACCGUUACUCUGAUAAGCACAACUGUCCGUAUGACUACAGAACCGAAGCUGCUGACAAGAUUCGCAAGGAGAACCCCGUUGUUGUUGCCGACAAAAUCCAGAGAAUAUGAAGAGGACUCUCAGUUUGACUUUGAAUACUGGGGGCGAUCCGCUUUAAAAAAACCAUGAACUUGAGCCCAACUUUCUGUCUGAAGGACCUGUUUUUCCCCCCCUUGUUUGUUACACAUUCAGCAUUUUCUCCCCAGUGCAUGAAAGUUCACUUAUAUUUUCAGCUUUCAUUCUUGUUUGUGUGCGAGUUUAACACUUUUGAAAGGUUGUAUUUAACAAAGUUUUUUGUGUGAGGAUGAAGGUGGGUCCAUAUCAGUGACUGAGUGUGAUUGCUGAAGAAAAAGUUACUGCCCCUUUUAGAAAACGCUGUUGAUGGCUGCCCAAUCUGUUUUGUGGUUCCCCCUGAGAUCGCUUGAACUUUGCCUGGAAAGAGUUUGGACACUCGAGCCUGUUCGGACUCUCAGACUGUUACUGCUGUUGGCUGAUGGCACCAUCUCAGCCGUGCUUGCUCUCUGCUGGCUUGAGUAGCAAAACAAAGGAUGUUGUUGUGUGGUUUCUUUUCUUUUUUUGGUCAGUCGAACCCUCCUUAUUUGUCAGACUUUGCGUCCUGGUAAGUUUUUAUCAACCCAAAAUGCUUCUCUGUGCCGCUGGAAUCUUGCCCUCUCUGGCCCCUGUUGACACACAGCUCCACAGACGUCCUACAAAGAGACUUUGAAGAAGAGACUUUGUCGCGAGCCCUUUCACGCUGGCUCAUAUUCCUCUCCUCCUGCUGUGUGCAUGGGACUGGAAACGCAACAUAGUUUGACAGUGACGUCUUUCUCUCUCCUGUUGAUCUCGGCCGAAUGCCGCGACCCACUCUGUGCCCGGGAUCUGGAUGGCAGGCACAUGGACUUCCUGCAUCUUAGGUCCUUGAAACCAUCCACUGAAGUCACAUUUUUUGUUAGUUUGUUUCCUUUUUUGUUUUCCAGAAAGUGUAUGCCGUGUGUUGUUGUAUGACAAGUAGCCUAAAGUUGUAUUAAUUUUUGCCUUUGGAAGGGUUUAGUUCCACUAAUCUUUUCAUCUUUUACUUCACUAUUGAAUGUUUCCUCGAUUUCUAAUGUGAGCCGACAAAAUUCACAGCGUUGGGAGCGUGUGUGGGAGUAGAUGUGGACGGCUGGCUGUAUGAGCAUCGUAUGAGGCUAAGUGGUUGUGUGCCAUGGUGAUUUAGUGAGACCUGUGGUCGUAGGUUCUUAAUAACUUUCAGUUUUUUGUUGAUUUUUUUUUUUUUUUUUUUUUUUUGGUCCAGCUGCUUAAUCUGUUUUGUUUUUUACCCUUUAGUUAUGCAAGUUUGUACAAACAUCUUUAUUUAUAUACUGCAGUGCGCGUAAUCCUCCAAUAAAACAGAAUAAAUUGUAUGAUGUAAAUAAAUUAUGUUCACAAAUAUGAA